AUGGCAAAAGUCGUUUAUAUCUUGAACGGACCGAAUCUCAACCUGCUGGGAAAGAGGGAACCGGAGAUCUAUGGCCAUCAGACACUGAACGAUGUUCAUCAAAUGUGCGUCGCUCAGGCGGAAAAUGACGGACUUGAUAUCGUGUUCCGGCAAAGCAACGCAGAGCACGACCUGAUCGAUUGGGUGCAGGAAGCCAGGGAAGCAGCUCACGCCAUCAUUAUCAAUCCGGCCGCUUACUCACACACGUCCAUCGCUAUAUUGGACGCUCUCAGUGCGUGUACGUGUCCGGUGAUCGAAGUGCAUGUUUCCAACAUCCACAGGCGCGAAGCUUUUCGUCAUCACUCUUAUGUUUCGCAAAAAGCAGACGCGGUGAUAGCAGGGUGCGGUGUCGAGGGCUACCUGCUUGCAUUGCAACGGGCAGCGACCUUGCUGAAGGAAAGCUGA